AUGAGUGUUGACAAUCUUUUUAAUGUAAAAAAUGCCUAUUUUUUAGGAAAUUAUCAACAAUGUAUUCAAGCUGCAGAGAAAGUUACUUGCAAAACUAAUGAUGAGGAAGAAGAAAAAAGCAGUUUUGUGUAUCGUUCAUUUAUAGCUCAAAAUAAACACUCAUUGGUAUUGUCAGAAAUCUCUCCAGAUACUGAUGUUAUUUCAUUAAAAUGUCUCAGACGUCUCGCUGAAUAUUAUUCAAAUAAAAAUGAAAGAAGCAAUAUUGUUACUGAAAUUGAUUCAGAUGUUAAAACUGGUGAUGCUUCUAAUGAACAUUUUUGUCUUUUAACUGCUCUUAUUUACAUAAAUGAAUCUGAUUUUGAAAAUGCUCUUCGUCUUUUAAAUAAUUGUACUUCAUUGGAAGGUCAAGCAACAAUGAUUCAAGUUUUUUUAAAAAUUGAUAGAGUAGAUCUUGCUAUGAAAAAAUUAAAAGAAAUGCAAGAAAUAGAUGAAGAUGCAACUAUUACACAACUUGCUUCUGCUUGGGUUAAUACAGCAUUAGGAAAGGAUAAACUAAAGGAUGCUUUCUAUACAUAUCAAGAAUUGAUUGAUAAAUAUGGUGGAACAGUUUCUUUGUUAGUUUCACAAGCAUCAUGUUUGAUUCAACAAGAAAAAUACGAAGAGGCAGAGAAGCUUUUAAUUGAUGCUCAACAAAAAGAUGCAGAUAAUGCUGAAGUAUGUAUUAAUUUAUAUGUUGUUAAUUCUUAUCUUGGUAAGUCAGCUGAAAGUCAAGGAAGAUUAAUAAAUCAAUUGAAACAUUUCCACCCUGAUCACCCAUGGACAAUUGGAUAUUGUUCUAAAGUAGAAUUUUUUGAAAAGUUAACUGCAGAAUCACGUGCUUAG